AUGGCCUACCAGAGCGGUGGCAAUCACUCGCCUCCGGGCUACGAUGAAGGCGCUGCUGGUCAUCAACUCCAAGACAUCGGUCAUGGUAACAACUACGAAGAGGAAGCAUCCCACGGGUUGUUAGCAAACCAACAAGGCCCAUUCACAGGUCCCUUUGACGACCCGCAGCAGCGUGGGCUGUCUCCUCAGCGGCCAACUUCGGGUUAUAGCUUGACCGAAACAUAUGCACCAGAGGCCGCCUAUCAUGACCCCUACAGCGGCGGUGCCUCUGUGUACUCCGCACAGUCGGGAGAGACCCCGGCUGCUGCCUUUGGUGUUCCUGGCCGCGUCGCUUCCCCCUAUGCACGCAGUGAGACUUCGUCGACAGAAGCCUGGCGCCAGCGCCAGGCCCCCAACGGAGGGGGCGGUGGUGGUGGUGGCAAUUUGCGCCGGUAUGCGACUAGAAAGGUCAAGCUGGUGCAGGGCUCAGUCUUGAGUGUGGACUAUCCCGUUCCUAGCGCUAUUCAGAACGCCAUCCAAGCCAAGUACAGAAACGACCUCGAGGGUGGUAGCGAGGAAUUCACGCAUAUGCGAUAUACCGCGGCGACUUGUGAUCCCAACGAAUUCACCCUCCACAACGGUUACAAUCUUCGUCCCGCCAUGUACAACAGACACACCGAAUUGCUCAUCGCCAUCACCUAUUACAACGAAGACAAGACCCUCACAGCCCGGACUUUGCACGGUGUUAUGCAGAACAUCCGGGAUAUUGUGAACCUGAAGAAGUCGGAGUUUUGGAACAAGGGAGGCCCUGCCUGGCAGAAGAUUGUGGUUGCAUUGGUCUUCGACGGUAUCGACCCUUGCGACAAAGAUGUGUUGGAUGUGCUGGCCACGGUCGGUGUCUACCAAGAUGGUGUCAUGAAGCGUGACGUUGAUGGCAAGGAGACGGUGGCUCACAUCUUCGAGUAUACGACGCAGCUUUCCGUGACUCCCAACCAGCAGCUGAUUCGGCCUACCGAUGAUGGUCCCAGCACUCUCCCUCCAGUGCAAAUGAUGUUCUGCUUGAAGCAGAAGAACAGCAAGAAGAUCAACUCGCAUCGUUGGCUCUUCAACGCUUUCGGCCGCAUCCUCAACCCGGAGAUCUGCAUUCUGCUCGAUGCCGGUACCAAGCCAGGUCCCAAGUCCCUUCUCGCCUUGUGGGAGGCUUUCUAUAACGACAAGGAUUUGGGAGGCGCUUGCGGUGAAAUCCACGCCAUGUUGGGUAAGGGCUGGAAGAACCUGAUCAACCCGCUGGUCGCAGCCCAGAACUUCGAGUAUAAGAUCAGUAACAUUCUGGAUAAGCCUCUGGAAAGUUCCUUCGGCUAUGUCUCUGUGUUGCCCGGUGCUUUCUCGGCUUACAGAUUCCGCGCAAUCAUGGGUCGUCCUCUUGAGCAAUAUUUCCACGGUGAUCACACCCUUUCCAAGCAGCUGGGUAAGAAGGGUAUCGAGGGUAUGAACAUUUUCAAAAAGAACAUGUUCUUGGCCGAAGAUCGUAUCCUGUGUUUCGAGUUGGUCGCCAAGGCAGGCUCUAAAUGGCACCUGUCCUAUGUCAAGGCCUCGAAAGCCGAAACCGAUGUGCCUGAAGGUGCUCCGGAAUUCAUUUCUCAGCGUCGUCGGUGGUUGAACGGUUCUUUCGCCGCCGGUAUUUACUCUUUGAUGCACUUCGGACGCAUGUACAAGAGUGGACACAACAUCAUUCGCAUGUUUUUCCUUCACAUUCAGAUGCUUUAUAACGUGUUCUCGACGAUCUUGACCUGGUUCUCUUUGGCCUCUUACUGGCUUACAACGUCCGUCAUCAUGGACCUUGUCGGGACCCCCAGUCAAAGCAACGGCAACACCGGUUUCCCCUUCGGUACUACGGCGACACCCAUCAUCAACACUCUUGUCAAAUACGCAUAUCUCGGUUUCUUGCUGUUGCAGUUCAUUCUCGCCCUUGGUAACCGACCUAAGGGUUCCAAGUUCUCCUACCUUGCGUCGUUUGUGGUAUUCGGUAUCAUCCAGCUAUACGUUGUUGUUGACGCACUCUACCUGGUCGUCCGCGCUUUCAGCGGGAGUGCUCCGAUGGAUUUCGAUACGUCUCACGGUGUGGGAGCCUUUCUUGGGUCGUUCUUUGGUUCCACGGGUGCCGGUAUCAUCAUCAUCGCCCUUGCUGCCACUUUCGGUCUGUACUUUGUGGCCUCGUUCAUGUAUAUGGACCCGUGGCACAUGUUCACCUCGUUCCCUGCGUAUAUGGCCGUGCAGUCGUCGUACAUCAACAUCCUGAAUGUCUAUGCCUUCAGCAAUUGGCACGAUGUGUCCUGGGGUACCAAGGGUUCGGACAAGGCUGAUGCACUCCCUUCUGCCAAAACGACCAAGGAGAACGAUGGUAAGGAGGCCGUGAUUGAAGAAAUCGACAAGCCGCAGGCCGAUAUUGACAGCCAGUUCGAGGCUACUGUGAAACGGGCAUUGACGCCUUAUGUGCCGCCGGUUGAGAAGGAGGAGAAGAGCUUGGAUGACUCAUACAAGAGUUUCCGUACCCGCCUGGUGACGUUUUGGAUCUUCAGUAAUGCGCUGCUUGCGGUCUGUAUCACUAGCGACGGCGUGGAUAAGUUCGGCUUCACGAACUCUGCUACCACCCGGACAUCGCGUUUCUUCCAGGCGCUGUUGUGGUCGAACGCCGUUGUGGCCCUCUUCCGUUUCAUCGGAGCCUGCUGGUUCUUGGGUAAGACGGGAGUGAUGUGCUGCUUCGCCCGGCGGUAG